UAAACAAUCUUAAGAAGUUCUCUAUUAAAUUACACAGGAUUUGGGAAUACCUUGAGAGUACCUUGAGUGUCGUACGCAGAAACCUUAUAAGGAUGCAAUACGAAAAUAGAAGAUUUACACCUGCUGCAUCUUUGAUCGAUUGACCACAAUAGACAAAAAUGGAUAAAAAUUCCAUCAUAAUAAAUUCUCAAUAAAUUUUUUUAAUUAUCGAAGAAAUCUGGAUAUAACGAAUAAUUGUCUUAAUUAUAUAUCAUUGUUUUAGUUUCGGAGCUGUGAUGUAUAUGUAUGUAGCAUACAUACAUGGAGAUUAUUCUAUUUAGAAACAAUAUAUAUACACAAAGAAAAGUUUAUCUCUCAUUAUUGCAGCUACGUACGUAAUUAAAUUCAAACUCGUAAUCGAUUCGAACGCAAAAGUAACGGUAAUCACGAGUUCUAGUUUUGAAUAAUCCACGUGAUCUCGUGGGAGAUUCGAAAAUGAUAUUCAAAAUGGCUCGAGGAUCUAGCAGUUGGCGCGUUUUAUGUCGCGUGCGAUGAAUCAAUGGUAGUAACGUAAUGAUUUAUACGAGAAAUAAGUUUCGAAGAAAAUAUAUUAGCAUUAAUAUUUGUAACCAUGGAAGAGAGUCUCGAGGACGAGAGUUUAUUGGAUGACAAUGGGGAGGCCGAGCUGACGGCACAAACGGCACUCCAAGAAAUCGAGAAUGCCUGGAUGAACGAGACAUUCGCGCCGGAGAUUUUGCCGCAUCAAUCCGACCUGGUGGAUUGCAUGCUGCAGCAGAUCGCGCACAUGGAGGAGAACGUCAAGAGGUUAGAUAAGAAUGACCUACGUGCGCUGGUCCAUCGGAUGGAGCUUGAUCGGAUCAGAUAUGUAAUCAGCAGUUAUUUGCGAACACGCUUGGAGAAAAUCGAACGAUAUACGAUUCACAUAUUAUCGGAAGAAGAGAACAGGAAUCCGGAUGAGGAACCCUAUUUGACGCCGGACGAGCUGCGUUUUGCCAAAGAAUAUCUGGCCAAUUUGGAGACGCUCUUCAAGACAGUAGCGUUACAGCACAUGCCACCCAACUUUCAGCAAUUCGAGGUAAAUAAGUUUACCGUUAAACCCAAUGUACAAGCACAUGUAUUCCUGCGUGCUAAUCAGAGAAUAACGGGUGUAGUUGUACCUGGCACGUUGAAUGAGGAGAUAGACUUUGAGGAAGGUUCACAGCAUAUUAUUCAAUACAGCGCUGUAGCGCACUUAGUUAAGUCUGGUGCGGUACAGUUGAUUUGAUUUUUUUAAAUUUCAAUACGAUCAAACACAGUUAAAAGACAAAGGUUGCGAUGUCUCUCUUUCUUAUAGAGAAUAUAUACUU